UUUUGUAGAUGAGAUCACAUGACCAAAUUCUCCAUAUUUAUAGCCGUUUAUAACAAUUUAUAACUUUAGAAUUUAUCACCAUUCAUCAUUAAUGGAACGCAAAGCAUUUCUAGAUCAAGAACCACCGCCUGGUUAUGUUGCGGGUAUUGGGAGAGGUGCAACUGGAUUUACUUCAAGUGCUGACUCAACUGUUUUUUCUACAAAACAGGAUUAUGAAGAUGAUGAAGAUGAUGAUAACGAAGAUAAACAAGAUUUCUCUACCACUGAUAAAUCAAUUCUCAGCAAGGCUAUAGGCAAGAAUGGAGAGGAUGAAGAGGCCGACAGGAUAUAUGAUGAAAUAGAAAAGAGAUUGAGUUCAAGGAAGACUUCGACGUUGCCUUUGAUUGGAAUCCAACCUGAUUCUCAACUUCUGUCAACACAAGAAAAGUUUACCGAUCUAAAAAGAUCACUAGCUAAUGUAACUGGUGAAGAGUGGAGCAGUUUACCAGAAGCUGGAGAUUUGACAAGAAGAAACAAAAGAAGCAGGUUAUUAGAGCAACUGAGGCAAAGAACUUAUGCUGUACCUGAUAGUGCCUUGAUUGGUGCUGGUUCUAUCUCUUCAUUGGCUAAAACAAACUUUCAAUCGAUUUCAGAUUCAAGAGAUAAAUUGUUGGAGAGUCAAUUAGAUAACCUAUUACCUCAGAAGUCAGAUGUUUCUACUAUUGACUUAGAGUCUUUAAAUUCAACAAAUUAUGCCAAUGUGAAAAAUGUUUCAAAGGUGAGGGCAAUACUUUCAUCCUUAAGAAAGACAGAACCAAACAAAGCAACUUCAUGGAUAGCUUCAGCAAGGUUAGAAGAAGAAGCCACAAACUACACUCUCGCAAAAGACUUGAUAGUUGAAGGAUGUAAAAUAGUUCCAAGAGAUCCGGAUAUUUGGAUUGAAAGUAUACGGUUACACCAAAAAUCUUCAGAUGAUGCUCGAUUGUGUAAAAUUAUUGCAGCAGAGGGUUUACAAUUUAAUAGAAAAUCUGAAAGAUUAUGGAUAAUAUCGGAAGAAUUGGAAAAUAUAGCUGAUAUAACCUCAAGAAAAAGAGUAAUAAAAAAGGCAUUGGAAUCUCUUCCAAGCAAUCCAAACCUAUGGAAAAGAUUAAUAGAACUAGAAGACAAUAAGGAAGAUGUUGUAAAGCUUUUGGAAAAAGCUGUGGAAUUCUGUCCUAAUAAUUGGGACUUCUGGGAGACAUGGAUCAAUAUUUUGUCAUAUAAAGAAGCUAAAGUAACGCUUAAUAAAGCUAGAAAGCAAUUGCUGGGUGAUUUCCAAGUUUGGUUAGCAGCAUCAAAGUUGGAAGAAAGGGAAAAUGAGAACAUUGAAACAUCAAAGUUAAUCAAAAUGAUGGAGCGUGCUUUCAAAGACAACGCCUCAGUUACUGAAAAUUCCUUAGGUACGAGUGAUUGGUUAAAACAAGCAAAUGUUUCUGAAUCUGAAGGUUUCCCUGGUACCUGUAACGCUAUAAUAAUUAAUAUUUUGAAAACUGAGGAUCUUCAUGAGGAUAAUUUACAAUCCUGGCUUAACGAGGCCGAAGUUGCUAAUAGUGAAACCCAUGUACUCACGGCAAAGUUUAUUUAUGAAUAUAUCAUUGACAAGUUCCCAACUAACAUAGAUGUGUGGUUGAAGCUUUUCCUGUCGUUGAAGAAAGGUCCAAGUUCAAAGCUUGACGAGUUAUUUACCUAUUAUCAAAAGUCAAUAAGCUUGAAUCUGAGCGUUGAAAUUUUAUAUUUAAUGUUUGCGAAGGAUAAAUGGAUUCUUGGAAAUGAUAUUGAUGGGGCUAAAGAUAUCCUUAACUCAGCCGCCAAGAUACUUGAUCAUAAUGAAAAUAUAUGUCUUGCUCUAGUGAAAUUAGAAAGCAAGGCUUCUAAUUAUGCUUCUGCCAGCAAGUUGUUAAAACAAUUUGUCACACUGUAUCCAAACUCAUCUGCAAGAAUGUGGUAUAAAUAUAUUCACUUAUUAAGGUUUUUGAAUUAUAGAAGUUCAGGUGGUAAAACAGAUAGCGUUUUGCAACAAGUGGAACAAGCGCUUAUUAUUUUUCCAGAUUCUUCAAAGCUUCAUUUACAAAAGACUCAGAUAUACUUAAAUGAAGAUCACAAUUUAUCUCUUGCUCGAGAUUCUGCAUCUUUAGGAACCAAGAGUUGUCCUCACUGUGUUGAGUUAUGGAUACUUCUAUCUUCUAUCUAUGAGCAAAUGGGAGUCCUCAUCAGAGCUAGAUCUAUUCUAGAUAAUGCAAUUUUACAAAAUCCCGACAGCGAUAGAUUAUGGAAGGCCAAAAUAGAACUAGAAAUUAGAAACAAAGAUACAAUCGUUGCUAGACAGUUAACGAAUAAAGCCUUGAAGGCUUUUCCAGCAUCACCUAUAUUAUGGAUCCAAUAUUUACUGUUGAUUCCUAAGAUGUCACAGCGUAAAACUGCAUUUUUAGAUGCGUUGAAGAGCACAUCUAACCAUCCCCUGAUAUUAAUGUCAAUUGGGGUAUUCUUCUGGAUUGAUGAGAAAUAUUCGAAAGCUAAAUCUUGGUUUGAAAGAUCUUUACUAGAAGGUAAAAACAAUGGAGAUAGUUGGGCUUGGCUCUAUAACUUUACUUCCAAGUAUGGUAACGAAAAUGAUAAGAGAAAACUUGAAGAUUCAUUUCUUGAGAGUUUUGAUGACAUUAAUGCAGGUGAAAUGUGGAAUUCUAUAAAUAAAGAUUUCAAGAAUUACGAUAAAGAGCCUAAAGAGAUUCUACAAUUAGUUAGUGACAGAUUAAGUAAAUUUUAACCGUUUGUAUAUACAUGUAUAUAU